AUGUUGUUGUUUGUGUCGCAGGAGCCGCAGGCCAGGCCGGGGCCGCCGCCCGGGGCCGCCGCCGCGGGGCUGGGGCCGGCGCCAGGCAUGUCGGUGUGCGGGGAGGCGGUGGGCGCCGGCUCCCUGCCCAGCGAGCUGGUGGUCCACAUAUUCUCCUUCCUGGCGGCCCCCGACCGGCUGCGGGCCUCGGCCGCCUGCUCGCACUGGCGGGAGUGCCUCUUCUACCCGGCGCUCUGGCCGCGCCUCCGCCUCAGUCUCCGCGUCUCGCCCGCCGAGCGCCCGCGCCUCGAGUUCCUCAUGCGCAAGUGCGGCUGGUUUGUCCGUGAGCUCCGCGUACAGUUCGCCGCCGACAACUACCCCACGGGCGGCGGCGGAGGGGGGGCGGCGGCAGGCGAGGGCGCCGCGGCGGCGGGGGACGGGGAGGCGCCGCCGCCGCUGAGCCCGCGCUGGCUCGACCUGCUGAGGACUUAUCUGGAGCUGGUGCUGUGCGUCCUGAGCAGCGUCCGAAACAACAGGAACCUCCAGAAGUUAAGUCUUUUUGGGGAUAUAAGCAUUCUGCAGCAACAUGGAAGUAUAUCAAAUACAUACCUUGGAAAGGUUGACCCGGAUGGCAAGAAGAUUAAACAAAUCCAACAGCUGUUUGAAGAGAUAUUAGGCAAUAGCAGGCAAUUGAAAUGGCUGUCUUGUGGGUUAAUGCUGCAAAUAGUAACUCCCACAUCACUGUCCUCCUUAUCAAACCCCAUAGCCAACACCAUGGAACAUCUGAGCUUAUUGGACAACCACAUCCCUGGUAAUACCACUCUUAUCACUGCGGUUGAAUUGGAGCGCUUUGUGAAUCUGCGUUCGCUCGCUUUGGAUUUCUGUGAUUUUACAGCUGAAAUGGCAAGAGUCCUGGCUGACAGCAACCAUGUGCCUUUGCAUCGACUGUCUCUCCUGGUCCACAGUGUUUCCAUAAUGCACAAGUCAUUGGACAAUAUGCCAAAAGAUGAGAAUUGGCAGGCGCUGACUCGCAACAGCACUAAUCUUCGGGUCUAUAUAAUGGCUUUUGAUGUCAAGAGUGAUGAUAUGUUAAGGAUUCUUAAGCCCAGUAUCCCCUUAGAGAGGAUUCACUUUGACAGCUAUGUCACUUGUGUUUCAGGGGCUGUUGUUGACCUCAUAUCCAGGCAGUAUGACAAGUUCCUCACUCAUUUUAUACUAAUGAAUGAUGUGGUAGAUAUGUCUGCCUUCCCAGAUCUUAGUGACAACCGGAAUGAAGAUCCACUUGUCUUAUUAGCCUGGAGGUGCACAAGGCUGUCUCUCCUAGCUGUUCAUGGUUACACUGUUUGGGCUCAUAAUCUUAUAGCAAUCGCUCGUCUUCGUGGCUCUGACCUGAAAGUACUGGAAGUCACAGAAGAAAGCAUCGAUUUCGACCAAGGAGAACUGGCUGAUCAGGAUGUGGAUCCAGUACACAAUUUCAUUGAGCAAGUAUCUCUCGGAUUGGGUCGGCCUUGGCACGCCGUCAUGGACAUUGAGCUGCUCAGUGUCUUCACUGAGCCAACCCGUCACUUUUACAGAGAGAUGCAGAGCUUCAGUGAAGGCAUUUAGCUCCUUAUUUACAAUUCCUGUGGUUACAUAUGCAAGUAGGGUCCUAUUAUGUUUUUUCGGUAGUGUGAAUUAACCCCUUUUGUGCUGUGUUUAAUCAGUAUUAGCUAUAUAGAAUUAUAUAUGUGUAUUCUACUUCUUGAUCAAAGAACGUAGUCGGGUAUUGGUUUAGAAGCUGAAAGUGGCAGUGUUUAGGGUUUUCACGGUUAAUGGACUUGUCUACCAAACCUUAAGAGAUACAGCCAAAGGCUGUCUGAGGUUGCCGGCUAACUUUACUUUACUUGAGUAACUGCAUUUUGAAUUAUUUUGCUAUUGGAGUCCUGUGCUCGGGAGCCAACUGUUUUUAAUACCCAUAUUCAUAGUCAAGUGGAUUUCUGUGCUGUCAUUGUGUGCUUAAUCCAGUAGCAUGCUGCUUAAUAGGCUUAAAGGACGAGAAGUCUCUCCAGGGCUGUUCACUCUAAGACUCCUACCUUGCUUUAUUUCACGUGCGGAUUCUGAAGCAUGACUUAACUCCAUUCUCGGCUUUCCUUAGCUGUUAAGCGGCGGUGUGAAACACUAGCGUUCAGGUACCUGCACUUACAGAUUCACUCCAUAAGCUGUAGUCUUUUGGAUUCUUUGCAAACUCCUCCUUGUUUCUUCUCAUGUUCUGUCAUCUUCCUUAAAAGUUAGCUUUGGGCCAAAGUUUAAAAGGAAAAAGCAAGAAUGUGCACUCCGAUGAGGUAAACACAUAACAGUGAAGACUUCAAUACAAAGGUCUACACCUGCAAACAAACAUUAGUCGUGAAAUCCCUAACAACCAAGUCACUGGAUUUUCUCUGUCAGCGCCUGUGUCAGCUGCCAAAGAAUAGAUUAAAAACGAAGAAGUGCCCACAUGCUGGCAGGGGCAGGCCAACUUUUGGCCAGCCAGAUACUGCUAGAUUGUAAUAUAUAAGGUCGAAUUUCGACCUGUGGUACACAGCUGUGCUGUGGCUCAGUCAGCAACCUCAGAACUCUUAACAAACAUGCACCUGUUUCACUGUGAAUAGUGAAUGUAAAGGAAGGAAAGGAAAUAAAUACAAAGCUUGUUCUAUCACAGGUAUGAGCUGCUAUGAUGCAUGAAGAACAUUCCAUGAAGUAUGUUUUAAAAUCUUGUUAUAUCUGAGAGGCUUUAGAAGCCGAUUUAACUGUUUCAGGGCAACCGCGGUACAGACGUGGUCUCUGUGAGACUUCCACCUGACCCCAGUUUUAAGUGGUACGAAUGUUGUGCAUUUAAUGUUUAAAGGACAGUCUGCAAUAAUAAAGUAAGUGGCCAACGUGGGUGCCCAGCAGUGCUGAGACCUGGCUGCUAUAUUGUAAGCUUUGGAAAACACAAUUUAUGCAACAGAUGUCCAGAUAUGAUUCUAUUUAUGGAAAAAGUUUAUAUGUGUUUUACAAAUGGUUUUACCAUCUUAUAUUAAAAUGACCUUUUGACAGGUGUGCGCUGUUUUGUCUCCAGUGAGCACAUACCAUGCGGAUUUUAUAUGUACAUCAGUAGAGUGAAUCCACUGGCACAGUGUGUGUAUAUGCCAGAUGUGGUGAGAUUUUAUCUUACAAAUGUGAUCAGAUAAAAAAAAAACUCCUGACAGAAAAUGUAAGGAAACCAGCUGAAUGUUUGAAUUGAUGACUGAUGUUGUAUGGUUUAUGUUAAAUGUUAUAUUCUUUUAAUCAAUGAAUAAAGCAUUAAAAAUUGAUCGCUGUAUAAAAUAUUUUAUUGUUGUCAGCAUGAAGAUUUUUAGAAUUAAAACGCAACAUCAUUCAUAAGCUGUGUGUAACUGGUAGCUCCCAUUGUGUGUAGGUCAGCAGAAGAAUCUAAAAUAAUUCAUACAGUAAUUUUUUUUUUUUUUUUAAUUUGGCUGAAUUUUGUCAACAAUUUUUGGGUGGUGGAGGAAGGGGAAGGAUGCUUUGCUAAAGAUCAGACCAGUUAGCACAAACAGUAUAUCAUUAUAUGACCUAUUAGACUGAUACAGUAAACUGUGGAUUGUAGAAUAUAGAAUACUAUUUUUGGGAAAUUACUGCAUCCAUUGCAAUUGCUUAAAUCAAAAUCUAAUGUGCUCAAGAAAAAUGUGUAGUACUUCUUUGGUGUCCCACUAUUAAAUAGAUUAUGAAUACCUGCAA